GUCGACUGCUCGUUCGGGCCUCGGGCCUCGGGGUUAGCCCGGUCUUAGAUGAUCUUAUCUGAUCAAUCUGAGUCAUCGCCCGCCCUCUAUCGCCUCUUGAUAGCGCCGUAGUGGCUUUCCUCAAGAGUGACAGCAUGCGUCGAUUCAGUAGCUGGAUGUCGUCAGGUGCGCCCGUCCAGGAGAAGGACCGCGAACCGCCAAAGCUGUCUAAGCGAGCCUACGGAUAUGUCAAAGAGGGCGAGCGGAUGAAGCAGAUAGCCGAGCUGAGUGCGAAUCAGUACAGUAAGGACAAUCCCGACGGCGUUGUGAUAGCCGGUAUCGCUCAGAACAGCAUCUUGCAAGAAGAGUUGGCGGACUACUUCAACGCGCACCUCGAGCUCAAAGAGCAAGAUUUCUCGUAUGGCGAUAGCAUCUCGUCCUCCGAUCGGCUCGCACAUGCUCUCAAUGCUCUCUUCAAGACCCGCUUCAACUCGCGCGUCGACCUCAAGCCGGACCAAUUCGUCUUUGGUGGCGGUCUGACCGCCAUCAUCGAUCAGCUCACCUCGCUCGUCUGCGAUGUAGGCGAAGGCAUCUUGAUUGCAGAGCCGUACUACAAUGGCUUCAACCAUGACAUCACCGGACGAUCAGAGGGCAUUCCUGUCGGUGUCAGUCUCAAGGACUUUGACGAUCUUGCAAGCCCGGCGACACUUGACGCGUUCGAGGACAAGCUCACAGAGCUCAAAAGUCAGGACGGUCCCACCAUUCGGGCAGUCAUACUCUGCUCGCCACACAAUCCUUGCGGCUUCACGUACCCACGGGAGACGAUCAUCCGAUACUUGCAGUUCGUAGAGAAGCACGACUUGCACCUCUUUGUCGACGAGAUAUACGCUCUCACUACAUUUGCGAAUCCGAACAUGCCCAACGCGCCUCCCUUCCAAUCGAUUCUCUCUUUUGAUAUCGGAAAGGAAAGCGGCUGCGAUCCGAGUCGGGUUCACUGCCUGUAUGGUGCCAGCAAGGACUUCUCUGUAAACGGGCUGCGCAUUGGCGUCUUCUCGUCUCCCUGGAACAAGCAAUUCAUGACGGCUUUCCAGGCAAACUCGAUCUUCAUGAAAAUCUCAAGCGCAAGCGACGCGCUGUGGUCCACUCUGCUCAACGAUAGAGACUAUCUCGACAAGUAUAUACACAAGAAUUCGCGCGAGCUAGCCGCGACGUAUGCCCACUCUGCUUGUUUUCUGCGAGCAAACGGGGUACCUUUCCGAGAGGCCAAUUCGGCCAUGUUCAUAUGGAUGGACUUGCGCAAGUUCUUGCGCACCAAAACUGACGCAGGGGUCGUGCUAAGCUCACAGCAAGCUCAAGAGGACGAUCUCGCUGCCGAGCUCAUCAAGGCAGGCAUCUUCAUCGCGCCUGGGCAGAUCUACGCCGCUCCCGAGCCAGGCUUCUUCCGUCUGACGUUCACACUUCGCAUGGACUAUCUCGACGUGGCCUUGAGUCGCUUCAAGAAAGUGCUAGAUGCGAGGAGGUAGAUCUGCGUCUCGCAUCGGUCACGCUUUUGCAUCCUAUGUAAGAACUUCUGAUAUGGGCUCUAUGUGGAUGGUGAUGUCGGAUCGAGCGGUGGUGGUGUCAGGGCUGCUAUUCUGGUAAUGAUGUUGUGAUGGCUGUGAUGAUGACAAC